AUGAGAAACAGAAAUCAAAGCACUGGUGGUGACCCACAACAGGCACAUACCCAGGAAUUGGAUCUGCUCGAUGGACUCAAAUCAAUCCAUCCACUAAAGAUAAAAAUGGCUAAUCGAAUUGAAGGCAAACAUAUCAAGCACAGUGCUCAAACCAAACGCCUUACAGAAACUCAAUUCAACUCUACGUUUCUUGUCAAAUCAUCAACUCCAUUCAUAUCAGCCGUCAAACGGAUUGACAAGCAAUUAACAAAAUUCUCUAAGCUGCAAGGAACGCAACGUAAAUUCCAAAAUGAUCAAUACAAGAAAGUGAAAUACCUAAUUGUGAAAGGGAUGGGCAAAACGAUUGAAAAGACAUUGAAAUUGGCUAUGCAUUUUCAACUGCAAGGGUACAAAGUUGACAUAUUAACUGGAAGCGUGCAAGUUUUGGAUGAAUUUGAAAAGGAGGCUUAUAUCAGUAGUGAUGGUGAAGAUGGUUCAAGAUUUGGGCAUGCUGACAUUGAGACCAAGUAUAAGAAACGGAUGGUUAGCUCGGUUGAAGCGAAAAUUUGGUUGCAGAGAGAGUAA